AUGAGUUACAGUGAAACUAGUUCCUUCAGAGAUACUGCAGCUGCUACCGCCAGUGAAGAAUUUGACAAGAGCAGUAAGCUUCGGGAACAUGAUGGUAGUGAAGAGGCUCCACAAGGUUACAAUGAACAGUCUAUUCCAAUGGUGGUCAAGUCCACUUCCAAGUCUUUCGGUGUGAGAAGAACUGAAAUUUUGGUUGAGCAAUUCACUCAUCCAGCCUUCAGAAUUUUUUUUCUUUUUACUAUAUUUCUCUGUGCUUAUGCUUAUUCUUUAGAUGGUACCGUUAGAAAUGUUUACCAAACAUAUGCUACUAAUUCUUAUGGUCAGCAUUCUUUAUUAGCUACGGUUAAUGUUAUCAAAGGUGUUAUUGGUGCUGCAGCACAACCAACUUAUGCGAGAUUAUCUGAUAUUUUCGGUAGACUUGAAUUAUUUAUUUUCGCUGUUAUUCUUUAUGCCAUGGGUACCGUCAUUGAAUCGCAGGCUUAUGAUGUCUAUAGAUUUGCUGGUGGUACUGUGUUAUAUCAAGCUGGUUACUCUGGUGUUAUGUUGAUUUUGCAAGUUAUCUUGGCUGAUUUCUCCAAUUUAAAUUGGAGAUUGUUUUGCUCUCUUGUUCCUGCCAUGCCGUUUAUUAUUAAUACAUGGAUUUCUGGUGAUGUGACACAAGCCUCUUUGGAUUCCUAUUCUUGGAACUUUUGUAUUGGUAUGUGGGCAUUUAUUUUCCCAUUGGCUUGUAUUCCAUUUGUUGGUUGCUUGGUUGCUAUGCAAUGGAAGGGUAGCAAAACUGAUGAAUGGAAGCAAAUUAGGGCUGAAGAAAAAGAAGUUCUUAAAUGGAGAUCUUGGAAGGAUAAUAUGUUCGUGGAUUUAUUCUGGAGAAUUGAUGUUAUUGGAGUCCUUCUUAUUAUAAUCAUUCUUGGAUUUAUUUUGGUACCAUUAACUUUGGGAGGAGGUAUCACUGAUAAGUGGCAUGAAGCUUACGUUAUAGCUCCUUUGGUGAUUGGUUUUGUAUUGAUCGGACCUUUCAUUAUAUGGGAGUAUAAAUUUUCAAAGUUCCCCGUUUUCCCUUUUGCACUUAUGAAAGACCGUGGUGUUUGGUCAGCAUUAGUAAUUGCUAUUUUGAUUGACUUUGUUUGGUAUAUGCCAAAUGAUUAUAUGUACACAGUUCUUACGGCCGGUAUGAGAGCAAGUAUCAAAGCCGCCACUAGAAUAACUUCAUUAUAUUCGUUUGUAUCAACUAUUACUGGUGUUCUCUUUGGUCUCUUAGUUGUUCCUUGGGUUAGAAGAUUAAAGCCGUUUAUUAUGUUCAGUGGAUUCUGCUGGAUGGCUUCAUUAGCUAUUCUUUAUGCUUAUAGAGGUGGAAGUGAUGGUGUUGAAUCUGAGAAAUACCUUAAUGGUGUUAUUGGGGGUUUAUGUUUGAUGGGUUUCGGUGCUGGAUUAUUUACUUAUCCGACUCAAGUUUCAAUCGAAACCUGUACUAAUCAUGAACAUAUGGCAAUUGUUAUUUCAUUAUACUUAUCCUUCUACAAUAUUGGUUUAAGUAUUGGUUCGUGUGUUAGUGGAGCCGUAUGGACUAACACUGCAUUCAAAUAUCUUACGGAUAAAUUUCAAGAAGCUGGGCUUGACUCUUCUUAUGCUGAACUGGCAUACUCAGAACCGUUGGAUUUUGUUGCACAAUUUGCAUGGGGUUCUCCAGAAAGAAUUGCAGUUGCUUUAGCAUAUGCACAAACUCAAAGACUUUUGUGUAUUAUUGGUUUAUGUUUGACUUUCAUCUUGAUCGCAUUUUCAUUCUUUUUAAGAGACCACAAGUUAGAAAGUGUUCAAUCAUUAGAGUUAGCUCACGAAGAAGGAAUUAAGGCGGAAGAUGGGGAGGUUGUUGUCAACGAUUACGAUAAAGACCUUACCUUUACGAAACUUAAGUCUUUAUUCAGACGCAAAGAGAAGAACAAUGCUAUCUGA